AUGGCCACUGCAUCAGUAUCAACACCCGUCAAGUCCCACAAGGGUCUUUUCUCUUCCCGUACCGCCGGCGGACGGAUGCCUCUGACCCCUUCCCCCCGUCAGCAUUCGACCACCUCUGUAUCAGUGAACCUGAACUCCUCUCCCUUCACCCCUGAAAAGCAGUCGGGCAACGAUGCCUACCGUGCAUCUGGCAAGUCGACCUACGGUGGCAACCUGACUGCACACCUGGCAAGAUCCACCACAAUCAAGUCAUCCCACCGCGACUCGCCCAAGUCCAACAUUGCCCGAGGUGUCUCGACUCCCCGCAGAGCUCUUGAGCUUGGUGUCUCCGACUUCACACUGACCAGCUCUGGGGCCUCCAAGACUCCUUCUAGCGCCAAGUCUAAGAAGAGCUCCUUGAGACAAAAGACAGCCAAGACUACUGUCAACUAUAGCGGUGACCGGUUCAUCCCCAACCGUAGCGCCAGCUCCGCCAUCUCCAACGCCGGUAGCAGCAAACUCGAUCGCCCCGAUAAGCGGUCCAAGGCUAGCUCUAGCGAGUCUUCAAAUGUUCUUUCGUCUGCAACCGACGACGCUAUCGCUGCCCUCGAGGGCCUCAACAUCGAAGACGAGGAGCCUACUACCUAUUCCCGUCUUUCUCCAAACACGGUCGCCUACCAAGAUUCUCUUGCAAGUGCCUGCGGCGUUAGUCUCAACACCCGAAUUCUUCAGUUCAAGCCUGCACCUCCUGAGUCUUCCAAGCCUAUCGACCUUCGUCAACAGUACAACCGUCCCUUGAAGCCUGCCAGCGCUACCUCUGCCCAGUUUCGCCGUCGUGUCGCUACCGCGCCGGAGCGUGUCCUCGAUGCCCCUGGGUUGAUUGACGACUACUACCUCAACCUUCUCGACUGGAGCUCUGGCAACCAGGUCGCCAUCGGUCUUGAGCGCAACGUCUACGUGUGGUCCGCCGACGAGGGAAGCGUCAGCUGCCUUCUCGAGACCAGUCCUGACACGUACGUCAGCAGUGUUAAAUGGUCUGGUGACGGCGCGUACGUCGGUGUCGGGCUUGGCACCGGUGAAGUCCAGAUCUGGGACGUUGCUGAGGCUCAAAAGGUUCGUAGCAUGUUUGGCCACGACACCCGUGUUGGUGUCAUGGGUUGGAACAAGCACCUCCUAUCGACUGGUGCACGCAGCGGGCUUGUCUUCAAUCACGAUGUCCGCGUCGCGGAGCACAAGGUGGCAGAACUGGUCUCGCACACCUCUGAGGUUUGUGGCCUCGAAUGGCGAUCUGAUGGCGCCCAGCUUGCUACUGGAGGCAACGACAACCUUGUCUCCAUCUGGGAUGCCCGCUCCCUUUCUGUCCCUAAGUUCACCAAGACCAACCACAAGGCCGCUGUCAAGGCCCUUGCCUGGUGCCCAUGGAACAUGAACCUCCUGGCUACGGGUGGUGGCUCGUAUGACCGCCAUAUCCACUUCUGGAAUUCUACUUCGGGUGCUCGCGUCAACAGUAUCGACACCGGCUCGCAGGUCACUAGCCUCCGCUGGAGCCCUCACUACCGCGAGAUUGUCAGCUCUAGUGGCUUUCCCGACAACUCGCUCAGCAUCUGGAGCUACCCGACCUUAGUCCGCAACGUUGAGAUUCCUGCACAUGAGAGCAGAGUCUUGCACAGCUGCCUCAGCCCCGACGGACAGAUGCUUGCUACCGCAGCCGCUGAUGAGAGUUUGAAGUUCUGGAAGGUCUUCGAGAAGAAGGCGGGAACUAGCGCCGGUCUCGGCAGCAGCACCUCGUCGUCCAAGGCGGACAUGGUCAAGCAGAUGACGAUUCGGUAA